AUGAGAGGAGGCAAUGAUAGAGGAGGUAGGGAUGGAGGAGGAGGUGGUGCUGGUGGAGGAGGGGGAGAUGGGGGAGAGGGAGGUGGUAGGGGAGGUUAUGGUGGAGCAGGAGGCGGUGGAGGUGGUGGAGGGGGUCGAUUACAAAGGAGAGGGAGAGGCGGGCAGCCGUUGCAACUAUCACAGGGUCCUUUAAUACAAGGUAUUGCUAUAGUAGGAUGGGGGGAUGCUGGUUUGUGCACUUUGAUAGGUGGGAUUGCUGGUGCUGCUGGUAGGAUUAUCAGUGUUGUUGGUAUAGUUGGUAUGACUGCUCCUACUAAUGGGAGUAUUAGUGUUGUUGAUGCUGCUGCUGGGUUUGGUGUUGGUGAGGCUACUACUGGGAUUAUGGGUUUUGGUGAUGUGUUGUUGGUGGGAUUGAUGCCACUAAUUUGA